AGCCGGAAAAAGAAAAAGAAGAAGAGGAGGUGAACGCCUGUGAACGAAAUACGAACGAGUUUCGAGAGACAAAGAAUAUCGAAAACGUAGAAAUUUGCGAAAAAUGGCGUCGGAAGAUCGAGAUUUGAUUGAUCUCGGUAACGAUUUAUGCGUGGCACGAGUAUCAAUAAAUGAUCCAACUCCAGAGGAACAGGAACAUUUAUUGGACGUUUGUCCACCGAAGUUGGAACAGAAGCUGUCCCUGACCGUGAAACAAGAGCAAGUUAAGAACGAUAGUGACAACGGUGAUGUGUUGGUAACCUUGGGACAUGAUCAGGUUGUACCAAUCCGGAAACGAAUCGACGUUGUCUCCUCGGAUACAAUUAAAAGAAUACGUGACAUAACGAGAAACCUCGAACCGGUUAUCAGGAGAACUUGUUCAGGAAUCAUACUAGAUCAUCAUCAUCAUCAUCAUCAUCAUCAUCAUCAUAAUCGUGACAUAGUCGAUCAUGCUAAUUCGGAAAACAUUUUAUCUACGGAUGAAGAAAGUUUUGAAACGCAGGAGAUCAACAGCGCGUUUGAUUUUCUUGCCGAACACGAGGACAACGAUGAGGAGGAUCACGGUGACGAAAAUAAUCAAUACGAUGUUGCUGGAUCAAACAGAUCAAUUUCCUUAUCUGCCAGACCAUUAAUCGACAAAUGUGAAUCUUCCAUUUCCCUGGAUAAUCGUCGUAGAAGAAAUACUGAUAAUUACGACGACAUACAACUUGAUAAUCCGGCUUUCGAAUCUUCCCUUUACGAAGUAUCAUCUUGUUCAAGGAAUACAGUUGCCAAUUCCUGUUUCGUUGAUUUUGAUCUUGAACUUCGCGACAAGUGUAAGAGACGUGCACAAGAGGAAAGUGUUUUCUUACAUGAUAGCAAAAGAAAAUCCUUCCAAAAUGUGACCAAUCGGAAAUCUUGGGCUGAAGGAACCAAAGGACAUCCUUCUAAGGAUAUUGGGAGAGUCAAUAGAUCUCUCAGUUUGGAAGAAGCUGCUCAGUCUUGUGAACCUGUCGUUGGAUUUUUUAUUGGAAAAAGACCGGAUGAGGAAUCAACAACGAUCAGAUCGGAGGAGGCUUGUUCGGAUUGUUCGGAAGUCGAUUGGUCGUGGUUAGAGGAAGUGGAAAGCCUGCGGGCGUCGGGAACGUCCGAGCACGGCGCGGGUUCACCGGCCAAUGAGCGCUUCGAAUUGGUGGGGAGAAACGCGUCCUCGGUUUCAGAGAAGUCAAGAGAGCGCAGGCGCGAAACCGAGGAUCGGCUCGAGGAAACGAGUCGCAGUGCCGCGAUGUCCGUCACCGUGUCGACGGCCACCAAAUCCUUAGUCGAUAAUAAUCAUUUACGAUCGGACAACGUUGAUAAUCAAAAUAACAAUAACAAUAACAACAACAAUACCAUUAAUAACAGUAUAUUCGUUGUUAAUGGAAAUAAUGAUGAUAUCGAAACGGAGUCCCGUUACAACGACACGAACAACGAACUCGAAUCGAAUACCAAUAAUAAUAUUAACAACAACAACAACAACAACAACAACAAUAAUAACAGUAACAGCAAUCGCGUUACGAAUUCGUGGAUACGCGCCUCCAUGAGGCGACUACGUCAUUUGAGAUUGCCAGAAGGAACGGUAGAACAUAGACAACAGAGGAACGCGGAACCGACCAAUCGGAGAUCGGCAAUAGUUUCGGCGCCAAAUUCGUUGCCAGAUAUCGCAUUGGUGGCACCGGAAAUCUUAGCGGCCCAAACCAAUGGUACAUCGGGUCAUCAUUUGAGACCAUCUAGUGCACCAGCUGUUAAUCGUAACGUCAACGUUGGGAAUAACGUUAUUAUUUCUAAUAAUACGAAUUCUAAUAACGGUAGUGGUGGUAGUUCUAGUGGUAGUAGUGCUAGUGCUGGUGGACGACCAGGACGACAACACGGCGGCGCUGUAACCAAUAAUACUACCACCUCGUCGAACAACCCUACCCCUCCUCCUCCUUCUCCUCCUCCUCCUGCUAUCAAUGUUGCUACUCCUUCUACCAGGUCCAGGUGUAUUUCGAACGCCCUCAGAGACACUACUUCUUCUGUACAAAGCAGUGUUACAUCAACCACUACCGGAAGCGACGCAACCGGAUCAUCCGGAACCACGACCUGCUCCAGCUCUUCCAACGGUUCACCAGCAAGCACGGCGACCAGCUCGCAACGCGCUGCCUCCAGGAGGACAUGCGAAAGACAGAGGGGCAUUGACAGGGACGCUGACAGAGGUGAAGAUGACGAUGAAGAUGAGAAUCCAUUGGGCAGGUGGCCACAUGAACUUAGUCCAGCAUUGGCUUGUCUUGGUUGUACGCUUGGUCUAUUCAAUAUCAGUAGAUUCGCCAUUCUUAGUAUACAAUUUGGAGCCAACUUUAUAGUACAGUUCCUGAUAUUAUCCUUGGUACUUGGAAUACCAUUAUUGACGCUUCAAGUAUGUCUCGGUCAAAGAUUAUCAGCCGGAUCGGUCGACAUGUGGAAAAUUUCACCUCUAUUUCAAGGAGUUGGUAUAGCUUUAUUAACAGCACAAGCGUUUAUUGGAAUUUACAGUAUAGUGGGUGUAUCUUGGAUGUUCGUAUACUUCAGGGAUUCGUUUAUCACGAAGCAAGAUAGGUAUCGUUGGGCAGAACCGUUUCUCUUAUAUCGAGAAGACAGUAAACCUACGCACAAUAGUAGUAAUACGUAUAAAUUAUACGAAACUGUACCGGAUUAUUUCAGUGGUGCUGUUUUACAAAGGCACCAUUUGAACGAGUCCGAUCCUGGAGUUGUUACAUUGAAAUUUCAAGUGGCAUUUAAUUUAGCUGUCGUAUGGAUGAUCGUAUUUGUGUCCUUAAGUAAAGGUUUAAGAUCAUAUGGAAAGGUGGUCUACGUUUUUACAUUAGUUCCUAUUUGUGGUAUUUUAAUUCUUUGUACUAAAUUAUUGGGACUAACACCACCUGGUUCAAUUAGUCAGCUGUUUCCUGGCACCGUUUGGAAUGAAUUUUUCAUUAACGGUAAAUCAUGGGUGGCCGCUUCCACCGAGGUUUUCCUUACCUGGGGUUUACUUGGAGCAGCUGCCAUGCAGAUAGCCGCUCAUAACAAGCAUAAACAUCUUUUACAAAGGGACACCAGUUUGGUCGUGGUUUUGACUUUUGUUGUUUUACUUCUUGUUGCCUUUUUGGCCAAUACCUGUGUACAAAUUCUCAAACUUCAUGGAUACAUUUAUACGACUAGUUCAUUUGAGAGAAUAUCAGGAUACACGUUCAUGCGAUUGGUCAAUCAACCAGCAACAUCCUUGUACACGAGUACACCAGAAAGAUUUAUGUCACACGCAUCCUUUCUGGUUGGUCAACGAAUUAGUAAACCUGGUGUUGAUGUUUCUACCGAGUCUGGUUAUCAAGUGUUGAGAUUUUCAACUGAAUUAGUACCUGCCACUCUAGCUUUGCUAGGGACCGAGCAAGUCUCACCAUUCUGGGCUGUAUUAUUCUACUUCGUUUUAAUUUUAUUUGGAAUAGCUCAACAGCUCGCAAUAUGGCACUGUGUGAUAACUGGUAUAAUGGCUAUCAACACGAAGAUGAUGAAAUUGUGGGAGACUACUAUAACUUUUUUUAGCUGUGCCUGUGCUUACAUUUUGGGUUUACCAAUGGCUACAGAGUUGGGCAUUUACGUAGUGUAUUAUCUGGAUUAUACGGUUGGUGGUGCAUGGUGGAUAAUGGUUCUAUACUUGGUACAAGUCGGUGCUGUCUUCGCUGUAAGAGGACGACCACACAGUGGAGAAGCUGUAGUUGCUGAAUUGUUUCCACCAACGGGACGAUGUCUCAGACAUUGGGCUGGCCCACUUCUGUCCUUCACGUGGAACGUUAUACUACCAGUGACUUUAAUGGUACUAAGUAUUACCGUGUUCAAAAAUAACGGAUUUCGAGAGCUCUAUUCCUACCGUCGAACGAGCCGAGAUUAUUGGGCUGUGUGGGCGAGACAAUUGGGAGCAGCGAUUCAAUUAAUUCCAAUAUUAACGAUUCCAGCUGUGGCAAUAAUCCAAACUUGUCGAUAUUUAAAUAACGGUCCACCUGAUAUAUUUGACAACGAACAAGUGGAAGUUAGUGUAAAUCACUGCGAACAGUGUAACGGCAGAAUUCAACUACUAUAUCGUCCGGCACUAGAAACCGAUGAUCCAGCGGAUGCUCAAACGCAAAUUGGCAGUAACGAUACCAGCACCAGUAUUCAUGGGAAUGGUAUAUUACCUACUACAACAGAUGUACCGUUCGAAGAUCCACCACCGAAAUAUACACCACCACCCAGUUAUACGACAGCAACUGGGGCUAGGAUAGCAAAAAUGUUGCGUCAAAGUUUUCGAAGAAGCGUGAGACGUAUCGCUAACGUUUUAGGAGAAAGUAGUGCGCCAAGGCAAAGGCCAGCAUUGCAACCACCGCCGCCAGAUUAUGCUACAGUUUUAGUCGAAAUGAAUCAGAAUACUCGUGGUCGUGGAGUAGACGUCUCAAUAAACAUGAACAACGAGUCUAGACCAGACGUGGUGGUAGCAACGACUAACGUUAGAAGAAGUACUCGCAAUGAAAGAUCCGCUACUGUAGUUGGUAUCGGUGAUAGGCACAGACCAAACACCAUUGACAGAAUGACUAGGAUCAAUUCUUUAGAUGGUAGCAAUAGAAGAGUCACCGUAGAACGUACGCAUUCUACUUUGGAAAGAGGAACUCGUAGCAGAGGAUGUAGUAAUAAUUUCACCAACAGCAAUAUUAUUUCCUCUGCUGCUGCUGCUGCUGGUAGCACGAAUCUCACAGCAGCCGACGUGGCUAAUCUUUUGCGGAGUAGUAUCAGAAGGGGGACAACUAGAACACAACAGUCCCUACGUAGAAGCUUCUGUCACGACGAACCGACCGCGGCGGUGUCCGUUCAGAAUCUAGUCGAGGCCGCUGCGCCAAUCGGUCAAGACUCCUUGGUCCUUCCGAAGGACGUCUCUCUAGUCCCCAACGAACACGUCGACGAUGAUCGCGAUGACAAGAAGACUGCGGACGAAAUGGACAAUUCCAUUUCUGUGAUAUAGACUUCGUGUAUAUCCCUCCUCCUCCUCCUCCUCCUCCUCCUCCUCCUCCAUUUUAAAUACCCUCCACUUCACAUUAUCCUUCCUCAUUUAUUAAAGCUUGCUACAAUACUCCUUUCUCGAUAUCAUUCACAUCACAACGACCGUCUUUUGAAUAGUUUUUUUUCGGCUAAACAAUUUGUUGGCUACUUUUACAUGUAAAUUAGUCCACGUUUUGCUGUAUCUUUUUCUUUCGAAUUAGAAUAUUUUUAAUACUGUAUUUAUUAUCUAUUUCUCCUUUCAAACUAUUCUUCUGUCCUAUUGUCUCGCGUCUUAUCUAAAUACUUCACAUUCUUAUUCCUACACAGUUAUACGUUGGACGACCAUUAGGAGAAAACAAAUCGUAUGUGACCUAAUCGUUAAAAUAGUUAUUUUUGUUUAUUCGCUCACGAAUAUUGUAAAUGUGUGUUCAAAAUGUCAUUUAAUUUAGCGGAUUACUGCCUAGCUCUUCGACGUAAAGAUUAUUCUUGUCUUUAUUUCCAUGAGCAAAUAAAAA